UACAUGCCUGACAGCUGUCAAAGUAAUCAUUUGUCUGGAUAAAAAUCUAUAUGAUGGAUUCCCAGUUGCAUUGUGACAUGGUAACAAGACAACAGGGUUAUGAGCUCAUUUGUAAUAUUGCACCUCACUGCCUAUGUUUUACAUGCAGUACUAGGACUAGUGUGUAAAUAUUUAUUGUUAGGUUGACAUAGCAGUGCAGUGUCACAAACACUGUAUCUGUUUAAAAAUGGAUUUAUUUGAAAUAGUUUUGUCGGCACUCAAUCGGCUACAGAAGUCCCCAAACACAUUUAUUCCCGUCCACAUGCAUUUAGGUCCGCGAACUCGCAGCAGCCAGGUCUCACUAUGGAACCUGCCAGAAGAACUCAUUCUGUGCAUACUCAAAAGUCUACACAUCAAGGACCUGCUCAGCAUGCGAGCGGUAAGCUCCAGUUUUCGUGAUAUCAUUGAUGGUUGCUCCACAUUAUGGAAUACGACCAGUUUUUCAGACACCUGGCCAUCAUCAAAUAACAUCCAGCAUUUCGAGAAAGCUUCAGAAUUUGGAAACAUGGAAGCCCUUAUCAAAAUGGCAAUAGCAUACCUAUAUAAUGAAGGAUUACUCGGUGAUUUUGAGGGAAGGAAAGUAACAAGUAAUGGAAUUAAGGCCGCGGAGCUCUUCUGUCAGAUUGAGUCCAUGACCCCGUUUGAACCUUUCACCUGGUUAUUUAUCCGUCCACCCUGGUCAAUCAACGGAGCCUGCUGCAAAGAAUGUGUAUUCACCUACAUGAAAAAUUAUCUACAAGAGAAUGACAAGCAGGAUACCAAAAAUGUGAAUGUAUGUGUCGCUAAAACUCUGUUAUUACUGGACGAUGAAGAGCAGGUCGCCGAAUCUGAUGUGUUCCUUAGCAACGCUAGUCAGCUAGGAUCUGGGUCUGCUGCGUUCUUGUUAUGGCAGAAACAGCACCAAGAUUGUAUGGUUACAGACAGAGCGAGAAAACUUGAGAGUAUACGACAGUUACGAGAGAUAGCCAAAAUGAACAAUUUAGAUAGCAAGCUUUCGCUGUGUAAAAUGUAUGCCAAUGGAAUGUAUGGAGGUAUCACUAAAUCUCAGGCGGCCAUGUUUGUCCGAGAGCUAGUUCAGUCCACAACUCCGUCCAAUACUCAAGAAUGCUUCAGGACAUCUCAGGAACUCACUACCUCCAUGAGGUACAUUUUAGUUGACUGGUUGGUAGAAAUAGCUGGGAUGAAAGACUUCUCUAGUCAUACUUUACAUAUAGCUGUCAGUGUAGUAGACCGAUACCUGAAAGUUCAUAAAACAUCUCGAUCCAAACUCCAACUGCUGGGCGUAUCCGCCAUGGUUCUAUGUUCCAGGUUUCUUGGAAAAGACAUCAUCACGAUCCGUGAGGCAGCAUGGUUGACAGACAACACGUACAAGUAUGAAGAUGUAGUGAGAAUGAUGGGAGAAAUAUCUGCAACCUUGAGGGGCAACAUCAGGGUUCCUAACAGUUUAGAUUUCGUGGAGAUUUUCUCCAGCGUGGCAGGCCUAGACAGGAAAUGCAGCUGUCUAUCGGAGUACAUUUGUGAGCUGACCCUCCUUCAGGCUGAGAUGGGACAAUACAGCCCCGCAGAAAUCGCAGCUAGCUGUGUCCUUCUUGCAAGACUCUUGAUGAAGCUAGAAAUGCCAUGGCCAGACACGAUGGUGGAAUUUAGUGGAUUUUCCAUAGAAGACAUCAGUCGCUGUGCUUUCCACAUGCAUGAAAAGUGCUUUCUAGAGGGUUCAGUGGUUGACCACAGAGAUGUAAAACUACAAGCUGUCAAACUCCGGUACGCAGAGGAAAAGUUCUACAAAGUCAGUGAAAUUCCCAUCAUGAGUUACGAGGAACUGUGUGCCAUGCUGGGGGUGACUGAACACAUACUACAGGGCUCCGAUGUCUGUGUCAAGUUCAGGAAUGCUGACGAACUUAUUUUGUCACCAUCAAGAAAAAAGAGAAAGUGUGAAAGAGUUUAUCCACAUUUGCAAGACAGAGAGAAUGCAGCCACUCCAUCCAUUGAGGAUAAUUCGGUCAUCAUGGAUGAAUCCGUUAUGUCUGGUUACUUUGGUGAUCAGGAGGAUGACGAAGACUCCUUCCAGGAAUAUGAUGAUUCCAGUGAAGAACAUGGCAGCCCAUCAGACUUAGAGUGUGGUUCAGAGAGCGAUACUUAUUUUGCCAGUAUUUCCAAAUCAGACAAGAACAAAGGAAUGCCAUUCAACCUGUCCUUCUCCACAAUCUCAUCAGAGAAAAUUACCCAUAGUUCCCCCAAAAAGUCAUGUGACCAUGAAUCAUCAUCUGGGAUUUCAUCUUCUCCCAACACUGCAACUGACAAUUCACCAUCGUGUUCCUAUGCAUUUGUGCCAAAAUCACCUCUUGGUAUUUCUGGACACUCCUCACAUAUCUGGUCUUUGAAUUCGGCGAAGAAAAACUAUGUCUCCAGUGACUCCGAAAUGUCUUCACCAAGAUGCUCAGAGAAACAAGGUGCUACAAGUUACAUGACCCUUAGACGGACAACCAAACGCAAGAGUCGACAAUCUCUUUGUUACAGUGCGUCGUUUUCUGGGCAGCAGUGAGAUGAUUGUUUUAGGCUUUAUAAAAUUGUUUGAAUGAAAAUGAUGAAUGCAUGAUUUUGCGCAUACUUGUCGAAUGAAAUCCAUUUUAUACUCAGUGUGUUUAUGAAAAUAUCUCAAUCAUGGAUUUAAUUGUUAUUCAGGGAUUUCAACCAUUCCUUGUUUAUGAGGAUGUUUUUUUUUGGUUUAUAUAUAUUUUUUUAAAGGAAUUUUUUUUUUUCUAUGAUCAGUUUGAAAUAAUUGAGUUCUGUGAAAAUGGGUAAUUUUUUUUUUUACAAGUACAAAUGAAGUGUGUGCAUUCCACUGUCUUCCAAAGAUCUUUCAGGGAAUUAAAAGUAUCGUGAUACUAGUAGCCUUACUCAAAAGUGAUAUUAGUCAACAUCAGUCAUCAAUGUCUCAAGAGAUAUCAUUGUGUCAUCAUUUUCUUACUGGGAGACCAAGUCUCCAACUAGUAUUAGUACUGUAGUCAAAAUAAGUAUCAUUGUAGCCUCAUAAUAGUCAUACAAUUACAUUUUCCUACAUGUAUAUUCACCUUCAUGUUUUGUAUAUGUAAUACAGAAAUCUAUAGAUUUCCUCAAUCAAUAUUUUUCAGCUUCAAGAU